CCCAUUCGCUCAAACAGAUCUCCUGGAUCUCUCAACUUGGACCCUCAACAGUCCACCAGACAAUUGCUCAAUUAUCCCAUUUGUUCUCCGACAUUGCUAUUUUCGAUAUCGUUCCCGUGGACCUUCUCUGUCCAAAAAUGGCGACCUCGACCCCGUUCUUCGGUUCUUAUUGUCAUCGCCGGGGCUCGGGCACCCGACGCGCCUUCACCUCCCGAGCCUUCGACCUGGUUGACAUGGUAGCGCACCAAAACGCGUGCUUGCGGCGCGCUUGCUCACAAAAGCUUUUUCUGUCGACUUACCGACCAACAACGUCCGGUAGCGCCUGCAAGUUGCAACGAUGAAGAACAACUGAAAGACAACGAUUCAUGUUUUGCUGCCGAUAAGAUGAAACAGUACAAUAUACCUCUUUGCCGUCCUCCGCGAUGUAUAAAUUGCGGUAUUGGCUGCUGGUCAAGACAAACAAAUCAUGGCUCCUUCCCGAUACUCAAAGCUCAAGCGCAAAGUGUCUCUCCCCGACGAUGUCCUUAUCCACCUUCUCAAGUAUCUCGAUCCUCGCUCUCUGUUUGUGGUUUCCAAGAUGUUCCGUCGCUUCCGCCGGUUAACCAUGGACUUCCACUUGCCCCGUUACAAGUAUGAGCUUGCUCGCAGCGGCAUGAAGGAUGGCCGUGUUGCAUUAUCGAUGGCUCCGAUAGUUACUCGGUUGCAUCUGCUGGCGAACCACCAGAAGGAGUGGUCUCACUUGACUUGGACACACGAAUACAAGCUCCAGGUCGCGACCCCUUCUCAUUCAGGCGUUUCUGGUGGCAUCUUGUAUCAGAUUCGACCUCAUGGAACGUACUCCACGCUCGAAAUCGCUGAGCUCCCAUCGGCUCGACUGGGACGCAGCCCCGCUGAAACUCGUCGACUGCGGAUGACCACGCCUCCUAUCGAGACCGUCUGCAUCGAUCCUACCCAAGCCCUUAUCAUCGGGGCUCAUAUCUUCCACCAAGGGGGGAUCGUGGGCAUCCAGCUGCACUUCCGGGACUUGUGGUCAUUUGGUCAACAUCCGCGAGCUUCGGCUGAGUCAUACCAACUACCCACUCAAAACACGAUGCCAGUUGCGCGGACCGCGAUUUCGGUGCACGGAUCCAAGCUUGUAGUCACUCUUCAUUUCGUUAAUGGACAGAUCAACCACUUGCUCAUGGACUGGCGCAAUCUCGGGGCCCGGUGGAUCGACGAUCUCGGAGCGCGUCUCCUGGAUGACGAUCUCCUCCUUGUUCUCUGCAAAAAAGGCGGACAUGCGCCUGUUCUCAAUCUAUGCGACAUAUCCGAUAUCGCAACCAUGUCAGUGAUCAGGCAGUUUGAGCUACCCCCGAUGUGGGCUCAUCUCAUGAUCGAAUUUUGCUCAAACGAUUCGCUCUAUCGUCCCACUCCCGGGGCCCUGUUCCAGUCCGACCCUGUCAACCGUUUGCUAGCUCUGGCGGCGAAACCUGUUCAGUCUGUCUCGGGAAACAGCCAAUCUAGCUGGAUGUUUGUCAACGAAAACUACUUCAGAGAUGCGCCCAUGCGCCGUGAUUAUCCCCUCGUCCCGUGGACCAACUGGAGUCAAUUCGUAACUGUCAAAGAUCUCUCGCAGCAUCAGGGUCAACUGGGUCGUCCCUUCCUUGUUGGGUCGCGGGUCGUCUAUCUCGAAUACAUGCGACCGACGACGUAUCUCAAGAUCAUCGAGUUUGCGCCAUUCCCAGAUGCAUCGGUUCGGCCUGACCCGAGUUGGGUCGUCAUGGGCCACAAAUCGGGCCUGAUUCCGAGCGAAGCCAAACGCCGGCUUUCUUCGAGUACCACCGAACAUUACGGUGUGGAUGAUAUCUCCAUCAGUGACGAUAAUGUCGUGCUUUUCCUCGAACUGCAGCCCGGAUACCGCCCGAUCAAUGUGCUCACUUUCGGCGCCCCGCCGGCCUGAAAGUGCAUAGACUAACAUACUUCCACGCUGUCUCAGCCCACUGUCAUGUAUCAG